UGGGCAUUUUUUGUGCUGCUGCUGCAGUGGGGGUGGACUGAAGGACUCCAGAAGCCCCUUCCAGCCCCACAGCUCCGGGGUUCUGUUUGGAACAGCUCUUAGAAAAAAAACAUGAAGGUGGGUUACAGUGUCUGGAUGCAGGGCUCAAGCAAACAACCAAACCAACGUGCAGUUUGCCGGGUGUGAUUCCUGUAUUGGCUUCCACGUAGCCCCUUUUAUUCGUUUUCAACGCUUAUUCAUGGCGCUUGGCUCCUCCCAAACAAGCAGCCCACCCCCCCCGGGUACUUUUUCCCCCCCGUCGUUCCCAGGUUUGCUGCAUCAGAGCACGGAUUUCAGGUUGCAACCUGAAACAUCAGGCGUUUCAGGUGCUGGGAGCUGGGGCACCGUGUGCUUCAGGUUUCCUUGGUACCACCGGCCCUGCUCCAUUCCCGUCUCCCACGAGACACCCAUCCUUCCCUCAGACACGCGUGGAGCCGGUCACCUGUCCCAUCGCUCCCCCUUUGGCUCCCGGAGAGCGCUGGGAAGGGGACGGCGGAGGACCCAGGGGAGACAAAUUGGCCCUGGGAAGCGUUCUGUCCGCUCUGAGCAGAUUUGGGGCACCGCCUCCAGCUCGGUUUACAAAACCCCAGCAGCUUUGAGGCCGGUUUCUUUGAGACCCGCAUGUGACGCCCUGAGAGCGGCCGUUCCCCUUCGGGACAGAGGCUGAACUCGGUGCUGCUCUGUCAUUCACCAAACCGGGCUGCACGUUCAGCUGCGUGGCUCUGCGUCCGUCGGUGCAAGCCGCAGGGUGCUGCUACGGCAGAGAGCAGCACGGGGUCCCCCCCACAUCCCCCCCCCCGGUGGCACAGCCCUCGGAACCGGCGGUUCUGUGACAUCGGCGCUGGCUCCGCGGGCAACGGGCACACGCUGUGGCCAACGGCCGCGUCGGUGGCAACCAAGCCGGGAGCGAUGGGCUGCCGCUCGGCUCCGGGAGCGAUGCUGCUGCUGCCCUUCGUCGUGCUGCUGGCCGCCUGCCGGCCCGGCCACGGCUUCUCGGGCUCCUGCGACACCUGCGGCUUCCGGCCCAUGGCUUAUCACUACCAUGGAACGCGCGUCGUGGGAGGCACGGAUGCCCCUCAGGGGGCCUGGCCGUGGAUCGUCAGCCUCCAAAGUACCUGGUUUGUGGGCACGGGGCACAUCUGUGGAGGGUCCCUCAUCAGCCCGCAGUGGGUGCUCACGGCAGCGCACUGCUUCGACCACGCAAGCCCCAACACACCGUGGCACGUGGUGAUCGGUGGCCACGAUUUGACUCGCCUGGGCCCCGAAGCCGUCGUGCGCAACGUUAUUCGGAUAAUACCUCAUGAAUACUAUCACAGAAACACCAUGUCCAACGACAUCGCCCUGCUCGAAUUGGACCAACCCGUCCAGUGCAGCUACUACAUCCAGCUCGCCUGCGUGCCCGACGCCUCGCUCCAAGUGUCAGAGCUCACAGACUGCUACGUCAGUGGCUGGGGACACAUGGGUCUAAGAUCUCUGCAGGAAUACGUCGAACCGUAUCGUGUCCUGCAGGAGGCCAAGGUCCAUCUCAUCGACCUCAACCUCUGCAACAGCAGCCACUGGUACGCCGGGGCCGUCCAUACCCACAACAUAUGCGCUGGUUAUCCGCAGGGCGGCAUCGACACCUGCCAGGGUGAUAGCGGUGGUCCUCUCAUGUGCAAAGAUAAAAUUGCCGACUACUUCUGGCUCAUUGGAGUGACCAGCUGGGGGAAAGGCUGCGGGAGAAUACAGCAGCCUGGAGUCUACGCCUCUACCCAGUACUUCCGCAACUGGAUCCUGGUAAAUAUGGGAUUGCUUCCAGCAGGAGCGCAUACAACUACGUCACAUCCAGUCUAUAUCACGACCUCCUACCAGAGGCCAAAACCAACGUACUCAAGCCCACUUAGACCGUGUCCAUUUCCACGCCAGAAAGUCCUGGAUUUCUUUAACUUGCUCCAGGAGCUCCUGCAGGGUUUAAGAGGAAAGAAGGCUUAAUGAGCUGCAUGACCCACAGCAGGCUGCAAUGCACCACGACCCUUUUCUGCAAGGGGUAAUGCCUGAUGGCAGCCCCGGUGCCAAAGCCCCGUUCUGUCCCGUCCGCCUCCGAUUGCACACAAACACUGAAGUUGACUCAGUUGGACAAAUAAAGCUGCUUAUUUUCACAGAUA